AUGGAUGAGGGCGAGUGUAAAGAAAUGGAGUUUUUGGAAGACUUGUCUGUGGGGAUGGACACGUUUAUUCACCGCAUUGACUCCACCGAGGUGAUCUACCAACCGCGACGGAAACGUGCAAAGUUGGUGGGGAAGUACCUUAUGGGUGACCUGCUGGGAGAGGGAUCCUACGGCAAGGUAAAAGAGAUGCUGGACUCUGAUACACUGUGUCGCCGUGCUGUGAAAAUUCUGAAGAAGAAAAAACUGCGUAGGAUCCCUAAUGGAGAGGCAAAUGUAAAGAAAGAAAUUCAGCUACUGAGGCGCUUGAGGCAUCGCAAUGUGAUCCAGCUGGUAGAUGUUUUAUACAAUGAAGAAAAGCAAAAGAUGUAUAUGGUUAUGGAGUACUGUGUGUGUGGAAUGCAGGAAAUGCUGGAUAGUGUACCAGAGAAGAAAUUUCCUAUCUUUCAGGCGCAUGGUUAUUUCUGCCAGCUUGUGGAUGGUCUGGAGUAUCUUCAUAGUCAGGGAAUUGUCCAUAAAGACAUCAAACCUGGGAACUUGCUGCUCACAACAGACAGGACGCUCAAAAUCUCAGAUCUAGGUGUUGCAGAGGCCUUACACCCGUUUGCUGAGGGUGACACGUGCAAGACCAGCCAGGGGUCUCCUGCUUUCCAGCCUCCAGAGAUUGCGAAUGGACUGGACACCUUCUCAGGGUUCAAAGUGGAUAUCUGGUCAGCAGGCGUGACCUUGUAUAAUAUCACUACUGGGCUGUACCCCUUUGAAGGGGAUAAUAUAUACAAACUGUUUGAAAAUAUUGGAAAGGGAGACUACUCAAUACCUGAGGAGUGCGGGCCACUACUUUCUGACCUGCUGGGAGGAAUGUUAGAAUAUGACCCAACCAAGAGGUUUUCAAUACAGCAGAUCCGUCGUCACAACUGGUUCCGGAAGAAGCAUCCACAGAUGGAUCCUCCUGUAGCCAUUCCCCCUAGUUCAGAAACCAAGGACUGUUGGAGGAGUCUGACAGUUGUGCCUUACCUGGAGGAUCUGCACGGGUAUAGUGAAGAUGAGGACCUCUGUGACUUAGAGGAUGAAAUCAUCUACACACAAGAUUUCACAGUUCCAGGGCAGGUGCCUGAAGAGGACAUGUUUGCACAGACACAGGGCAGUGCUACUACCAAACAACUGUGUAUGAAUGGCACAGAGAAUCAACUCAAGACAGAAAGAAGAGUUAGUUCUGCAUCCCAGCGCAAGGCUAGCACAUCAGGGGGCAAAGUACGCAAGUUGUCGGCCUGCAAGCAACAGUGA